AUGCUCUCCACUCAAGACAUUCAAAAACAUCAGCCUCAAGACACCAAUUUUCUAAAGGUAUUAGGCGCUGGCUUUGGUAGAACUGGUACCAAGAGCUUAAGGAAUGCAUUGAAUUACUUACAAUUUACUACUCAUCACAUGGAAAAUGUGCUCAUGGAUCCGACGCAAGUGCCUGAAAUUUUCGAAGAAGCCUAUAAGCACCCCGAAGCUCCUGUUGACUGGACCCGCGCUUAUCAAGGUUAUGAUGCUGCUGUCGAUUGGCCAUCUACUGCUUUCUUUGAUAAACUGUAUGCGUUAAAUCCCAACGCCAAGGUUAUCCUUACUGUCAGAGACCCUGAAAAGUGGCAUCAUUCAGUGUGCAACACGAUUCAUGAAUGGCCCGCUGUAGAUGAAACCUGGCCAAAGCAAAUUCUCAGGGCACGCAAAAUGGCUCGUGUGGUAGUCAGAGAUGGUGAAUUAGGCGGUGAUGAUGUAAAGGGCAGAAAAGAGGAGCUGAUUGCUAAAUUCCAUAAGCAUACUGAACAUGUCAAGGCCAUUGUCAAGCCCGAAAACUUGUUGAUUAUGGAAUUGGGUCAGGGAUGGGAAACACUUUGUCCAUUUUUGGGUUUGGAAAUUCCUAAAGAUAUCCCGUAUCCACAUGACAACAAGGGUAAAGAUUUCAAGGCCCUUUUGCAACAUGUCAAGGACCAAGUAGUAAAGAGCAAUGAGGCUACUGCUGCUGCUGAGGCUACCAAAUCAUUAUCUGUUGUUAAGCAACAGGCUUAA